AUGAACCCCAAGCAGGGCUGGAUUGAAGAGAUGAAAGAAGGUCACUUGGUUCGCGAAUGUUACAAAGAAACCUGCUCGUACGACGAGGCACUGGAAGCGAUUGAGUCGAUUAGUGACACAAAAGUCUUUUGGGAAAUGUUCACUGAUCCUUGCAAGAAACUGAAUCCCUGCGGCGCGCAUAAGUGCAACGACAUGAGCAGGGGUCACUUCGCCUGUCAAUGCGAAGAGGGCUUCGACGGAUUCAGCUGCGAUCACGACUGCUCGAGCAAGAACAAGCCGCUCACGGUCAAUUUGAAAGAGGAGAACUUUGGCGCUUCGUCGUUUAUUCCAUCCGAUAAGAACGGAGUUGGAUACGAGCCGUUUAAUGCCAGAUGGAAUCAAGCUCUUGGAUACUUUCAUGUUCCAACUGGUGGAUUUCCCAAUGUUUGGAAGCCGCAAAUUGACGAUACAGAGCCGUAUUUGUGGAUCGAUUUGGGCGAAAGAAGAACAGUUUUCAGCAUGGCAUUGCGCUCAGGAUACCACAAAGGAUCUAUCUGUGCUCCAAAUACUGUAGAAGUGGUGUUCGACAAGAAGAAAAAUUUCUUGGAAGAAAUAAACGGACACGUCUAUAAAGUGGAUAACACGACGGUUGAGCCCCAGCAGAUUACACUGAACAAGCCGGUAUAUGCGCAAUUUAUUGCAAUCAGACCGCGAUUCACAGUCGACCCUGAUCCCGCGAUUCCUCCCUGUUUGGCAGUCGAAUUCUACGGCCGUGGCGGGGCAAAUCCUGCGCCCGACAACUGCAAAAAUCAAAGUUGA